AGAUAUGAGCCAGCAGUGUGCAGCAGCUGCUAAAAAAGCCAACACAGUUCUGGGCUGCAUAAACAGAGGGAUAGAAUCAAGAUCAUGUGAAGUAUUAAUACCACUUUAUAAUGCCUUGGUAAGGCCACACUUGGAAUACUGCAUUCAGUUUUGGUCGCCACGAUGUAAAAAAGAUGCUGAGACUCUAGAAAGCAACAAAGAUGAUUAGGGGACUGGAGGCUAAAACAUAUGAAGAACGGUUGCAGGAACUGGGUAUGUUUAGUUUAAUAAAAAGAAGGACUAGGGGAGACAUGAUAACAGUGUUCCAAUAUCUCAGGGGUUGCCACAAAGAAGAGGGAGUCGGGCUGUUCUCCAAAGUACCUGAGGGUAGAACAAGAAGCAAUGGGUGGAAACUAAUCAAAGAAAGAAGCAACUUAGAACUAAGGAGAAAUUUCCUGACAGUUAGAACAAUUAAUAAGUGGAACAACUUGCCUGCAGAAGUUGUAAAUGCUCCAACACUGGAAAUUUUUAAGAAAAUGUUGGAUAACCAUCUGACUGAGAUGGUGUAGGGUUUCCUGCCUGGGCAGGGGGUUGGACUAGAAGGCCUCCAAGGUCCCUUCCAACUCUGUUGUUGUUGUUGUUGUUGUUGUUGUUAAAUCCUUUUUUUUUUAAGCCAUCGUAAUUUUGAAUUGUUAAAUAAAUGGUCAUAAGCCAAGGAUUACUUGUAUUGGUCCCUCUGAAUUCCCCUCCCUCUUUUCUGCUCACCAGGCAUCUGUUGGAUUCUGUGCUAAGAACAUGUUUAUGUAGGAAGAAGUUAUUUGCUUGGGUAGCUAGUGUGGGAGGAAGGCUCUGGAAGUACCAAAUUAUAGAGACUAAUAGGCAGUUUCAUUAAAGCAACCACACCAAUAGUUAGCUAAAAAAACCCAGUGUUUUAAUUUUUAUUAGCGAGUCAAUAGUGGUUGCACGAACAUUAGCUGAGUUAAAUCUCUAAUGUUAUAUCCCCAUGGGUUGACUUUCCUACAAUUAUUAUAUCACAAUGUAUUUGAAAACAACCUCUUUUGAAAUAUCAGUGCUGGAAAUGACUUUGGCAUUUGUGUGGACUUUGAGCAAACUUGCUUAAAAGUCUAAGUGUACACAUUCACUGCCGAAUGUCUGGAACGUAUGGAUGUUGAAUUCCCACGGGCCUGGUAGGUACCUACCAAGGCUGUUUUAGAAAGAUGCUCUGAGAAAAGUUUUGAAACAUAUGACUGCUGUUGUCCUGGCCUUGAUAUCCCCAGAGAUAUUUUGAGUGGGAAAAUCAGUAUUCAUUUUUAUUUUAAAAAAAGGAUUUGAAGGAAGAAACACUAUUUAUAUAUGCGCUCAUCUAUUAGUUUAAAUCAGUUUUAUAACGGUUUAUUAUUAUUAUUAUUUCUGUCGUGUCCCACUCCUCCGCUGACGGCCGGGUCAGGGAAAUCCGAAUCAGGCUUGCCUCUGCAGCUCUGCCCAAAGUCCUAGCAAAGUCCUCAGAGCAGACAGGAGACCAGCUGUUGGCUGUGAUAAAAUGCUGGAUUCUACCCAAAAGGAAGACAAGUGCUUGCAGUGCGGUGGGAACGGAAGAGCUUGUUUUGAAGUCAAGGGACUCUUUGACGUGCCCAACCUCCCAAAAGGCUACAAUCAAAUCUUUGUCAUUCCGAUGGGAGCCACAAGUAUCCGGAUCAAGGAAGCAAUCCCUACCAGGAACUUCCUGGCCAUCAAGAACGUACAAGGAACAUACUAUCUGAAUGGGCAGUGGACAAUUGAGUACAGCCGGGCUUUGCCUAUUGCUAGCACCGUGGUACAUUAUGAGAGAGGUUCAGAGGGGGAUCUGGCUCCAGAGCUUCUACAUGCCCAUGGUCCCAUCACUGAGCCUUUGAUAAUUGAGCUUAUCAGCCAGGAACGAAACCAAGGAGUACAUUAUGAAUACUAUUUGCCAUUCCAAAGACAAACAUCAAGCUACAGCUGGGGCUAUGGCUCCUGGAAUGACUGCAGUGCUGAAUGUGGUGGAGGUUAUCAGUCUCGUCUGGUCUUUUGCACCAUUGAUAAUGAAGCCUAUCCAGAUUAUAUGUGCAGAGAUAAACCAUGGCCAGGAAAUAACCGCACCUGCGGCCUCCAGCCCUGUCCCCAGACAAAACGGGUAUCUUACCUCUAUCUGCCGGGAGCAUGGAGCCGCAACAGAGCAUGGAACUUGCAAACAAAGAGCUGGAAAACUGGCGGCUGGAGCCAGUGCUCGGCCACCUGCGGAGGCGGCAUUCAAACCCGUACAGUUUACUGUGCCUCGUACAAUGGACAUCACUUUCAGGAUGCUGUGGAUGAUACCGAAUGUGCUUCCUUAACAGAGAAGCCACGCAGCACACAGCCUUGCAACCUGCAGCGGUGUGCAACAUGGGUCUCAAGUCCUUGGUCUGAGUGUUCAGUAAGCUGUGGUGAAGGUAUUCAAACCAGGACUGUAAGCUGCCAGGUUGAACAGGGCUCUCAGAUUCUAGAUAUUGCUUGCUUGAGAGAACCAAAACCUCAGCACACCCAGCCCUGUAUUGGGGAGAAUUGUAUACAGGAGAUUGGCUGGCAUAUCGGAGACUGGGGAUUGUGCUCAAAAAGCUGCAAUUCUGGUAUCCGAACCCGCCAAGUCAUCUGUGCUGAUGGUGAUUCCAAAUUCUAUAGUCAUGAGAUUUGCCAAGAGAUACAGCCACAGAUACCAACCAUGCUUGGGAGCUGCAAUACACAACCUUGUCACCUGCCCCAGCAGGUUCCCAGUAUGCAAGACAUCACAGGAUUCAAUAUCAGUCGUCGGACAUUACUGACCCGCUACCGUCCUGACCAAGCCACUGAAGUUUCGAGAUCUGAAAGAAUAAUCCAAACUGGCUCUACUCAUCACCAGGUCCAGCUAAAUGAAAGUCCUCGCUCCAAUUUCUUACCUCUUGGAUGGGAUUCUUACUCAGACUCUUCUGUGUCCCGUCGGUCCCAUUCUUAUCCAAAUGGUGGUGGUAAUGAUCAAGACUGUAACCAUACUCCUCAUGGCUGUUGUUCAGAUGGUCGCACUGCUGCAGCAGGUCCCUCUGGCCAAGGUUGCCCACUUGAUUCUUGCCAUUUGAGCAGAUAUGGGUGCUGCCCAGAUGGAAUAUCACGUUCCCAGGGACCUAACCAAGAAGGGUGCACACAAUACUACAGUGAUGUUUACAUAAGCAGAAAUCCUGUUACUCCCACUCCAACAACAAGCCAAGUUCUUGCCCAGCAGCUGCCGACAGAGGAAUGCCGAGGUUCUAUGUAUGGUUGUUGCUAUGACAACAUUGCCUCUGCUUUAGGACCUCAAGGGGAAGGAUGUCCCACAAGACUCAGCCAAUCUUAUCCUGUGCAGUGUCUGUUACCCAGUGCCCAUGGUUCCUGCACAGAUUGGACCAUACGCUGGUAUUUUGUAAGCGAUGUUGGAAAAUGCAAUCGUUUUUGGUAUGGAAGUUGCCAUGGGAAUAAGAACAACUUUGCUACUGAAGAAGAAUGCAUGAAAACCUGCCAUGGAUCAAUGGGAAGAAGCUAUGUGAGUCUUCACCAUCAUGCUGCAAAUCCUAAUGUCCACUCUAGUUCUCAACUGCAAGAAAGGAACACAAAGGUAAAGCCACAACAAUUUGGAAGAACUAUAACUCAUAGAACAGGAAAUGAAGGUCAUACUGAUAGGACUUCCUCCAAUCAAGAUGCCUUACCUGAAUCUGAGCAAGGAAUUAGCUUGCUAGAAAACCAGCCAGAAAGUUCUCAUCACUCAAGAACUCUUGAUGAAAUAAAAAGGGACACAGUAGAUCAUUUGCAUGGUUUGAGUGAGACUGUGAUUUCCAGACACUCAGAGAAGCAGCUGACUGUGAAUGGCCAGACUGCUCAACAUGAGCCUGAAGAGUGGCGGAGGGAAUCUGGAGCAGAUGGAUUAACACGGAGAAGAUUUGGGUAUCAAACCCCACCAGAGUCCACUUUUCAAUAUUCUCUGAACAGGAUCUUCUUGGAUGGACCAGAAUCUUCUGCAGUAGAGGCAGGCCUAGGACAAAGCAUUCGUCUUCUCUGUAAAACAGACAAUUCCCACUUCUCUAGAGUUGAAUGGCAGAAAGACGGGCAGCCGAUCUCCUAUGAUAGGCAUACCUACCAGUCUGACAACUCCCUGGUGGUUAGCCAUCUCAGGACUGAGGAUGCUGGCAUCUACACGUGCGUAAUUUCAAAUGGGAGGGUGGAACGCAGGCAGAUCGAGCUGCUGAUCAAAGAAAUCCCUCAAUCUACUCUCACCCAGGGAAGGAGGCAUCAACUUACUCAUGAUCAGAAUCACCAGCCCAGAGUCUUUGGCACAGGAACUAAUGACAGGUGGUCACAUGUUUCUUCUCUGCAUCCUCAAAUAACAUACAGGUUAAAAAUGUAUAAGAAUGAGCCUUCAGUAGUUGAUGGUAGCAUUGGCGAACAAGUCAGACUGCCUUGUCGUGUAGAGGCUUCCCCCUCCUUAACCAUUGAAUGGCAGAAAGACGGCCGUCCUAUUUCAUCUGUCAGGCAUAGGCAGCAACCUGAUGGUGCCCUGCUAAUCAGUCAUCUGACAGCUGAAGAUGCUGGCUUCUUUACAUGCAUUGCUUCUAAUGGCCGGGACCAAGAUCAGAAAAAAGUUCAAAUUAGACCUAGAGGAGACUUGAAAAUUAUUGACCUGCUGCCCAGGCUUUCAGUGUCUGAAGGGGAGAAUGCUCAUCUUCAUUGUGUUGUGACAGGCAGCAAUGUAAACAUAAGAUGGUCAAGAAAUGGGGUUCCAGUAAGAUCGGAUGGUCAUCGUAUCCACAUGUCUCAAAAUGGAAGCUUGUUUCUAAAUAAUGUUCAGCUUGGUGAUGAGGGCUCCUAUACGUGCAAUGCCUACAGUGGCAAUCAUUCGGUCAGUGCCAGUACAGAUGUGAAAGUCAUCAAAAGGCGGUCGGAAGUGCCAGCAUCCCUCCCUGUGGACACAAGCAGGGAAUGUGUUGAUCAACCACACCUUGCUAACUGUGAUCUGAUUCUACAGGCUCAGCUCUGCAACAAUGAAUAUUAUUCCAGCUUCUGCUGUGCCAGCUGUUCUCGCCGCUAUGGCUGAGUCACAGGCUUGCUAUCACUCUUGCAAUCCUGCUCUGGAAGAAAAGCACUCAUCUCCAACCUCUUUAUCAAGCAUACACACGGGUAGUCAAUACAGCUAAUGUGAGAACACAGAGAACAGUUGGCAGAAAUGGUAUCUCCACCUUCCUAAGCUGUAUUUUGUUUUGCAAGAGAAACACCAAAUCCUCUAACAGCUGGCUGACCUUUUCGUUUAAGGAAACGGAGAAUUGUUCCACUAGCAAAGUUUAACAAUGCAGACAAGAAUCAGAAAUGGGAAAGCUGCUUUAAGAGAAAUCAAGGAUAGCUGGCACAUUUUAAAUCAAACAUAAAAGCUAAAUUAGUGCCAGAACCAACUAAGAAAAUCUGCUGACCAUAUUUUUUGUGGAAAUUUAGUAUUGACCUACAAACUUGUUUCCUGCAGUUAUUUUAAAUGUCCCUGCAGUUCAAAUUUAAACAGUUGUAAGCAGACAAUGGUUGUUUUUUUCAGCAGAUACAGGAAACAUUGCUGAGUUAACUACCAGCAGCAAAUAUCACUUAAUAUUUGUUGGAAAUACGUCGAACUCGGAAGCAUCUGAAGAGGAAAAUGCAUGGCAACAUGGCGGGGUUUUGUAUUUCAAAUACUCUUAAAACAGCAAGGCUGUAUUUCUUGAAGUAACUUCAUUAAACAGUGAUCCUCUCUUCUAAUUAAACAUGUAUACCAAUUGCAUUAAGGCCUUUGAAAAAGGAAACAAAGUCUGUUGUAUUGCUUUUGCAUAAACAAAUACAAGAGGGCUGUGCAAUUUGAGAA